AUUUGUACGCUUUACCGCUUACAAAAAGUUGAUCAUACAAUACAGACAAUGUCUGCGGAAGCAAAACCCAGAAUUGUAGGCGUAUUCUUCGAAAUGAUUCAAUAGCGGAACUGCAAGGCAAGGUGUAAAGCUUGAAGAUCAUGACGAACCCAAAUCCCUUUUUCAUCUUUACGGUUGUCCGUCUCAUCUUUCUUGUAUCUGGAAUUCAUUCCUAUCCUUCAAUUUGAUUGGCUUCUUCAACACGCAAACCCCUCGUAUAAGCAAUUGCAGACGAUUUGAGAAUCGGGGGAGUUUUUCUUUUUCUUUUCCGCCGUACGAAAAUGGAUGACGAGGUGGUUCAGCGGGUUCUUCAGGAAGGCAGGGAUUUCUACCAAAAACAACCCUCCACUUCCACUUCUUCCUCCUCCAUCCUUCAAUCGCUGCCUCUUCAUGUGUCUUUCGAUCAUGGAUAUUAUCUAUUAGUGAAAUCCAUUCAAGAACUUAGAGAGAAAAAAUAUGGACUUGUAACAGUUGGCAUUGGUGGUCCAAGCGGCUCUGGUAAAACCAGCUUAGCAGAGAAAGUGGCAUCUGUAAUUGGCUGUAAUGUUAUAUCAAUGGAAAACUAUCGAGAUGGAGUCGAUGAGGGGAAUGAUUUGGAUUCAAUAGACUUUGAUCUUCUAGUUCAGAAUCUUGAGGAUUUGACAAAUGGAAAAGACACCAUGAUCCCAGUUUUUGACUUUCAUCUAAAGAAACGGGUCAGUUCAAAAGUAAUAAAGAGUGCUUCAUCUGGGGUGGUAAUCAUUGAUGGAACCUAUGCAUUACAUGCAAAAUUACGUUCUUUGCUAGAUAUUCGGGUGGCAGUGGUUGGUGGGGUUCAUUUUAACCUUCUCUCCAAAGUUCGGCAUGAUAUUGGAGAUUCCUGUUCAUUAGAUUAUCUUAUUGAUAGCAUCUUCCCAUUGUUUAGAAAACACAUAGAGCCAGACCUUCAUCAUGCCCAGAUAAGAAUUAACAACAGCUUUGUCUCAUCAUUUAGGGAGGCAAUAUACAAGCUGAAAUGUAGAAGUGAGUUCCCAGAUGUACAUUCUGCCCAUCCUUUUCAAGGAAAUAAAACGCAUACAGACAAUUUUAUUGAGAUGUAUCUUAGGCCUCCAUCUGCAAGUGAAGAAGCACGUAUAAAUGACUGGAUUAAAGUGCGACAAUCUGGUAUUAAGUACUACCUCUCACUUGGUGACCAGAGGAUAGUUGACAAAAAUUUUAUUAUCAGACCUAAAGCUGAAUUUGAGGUUGGACGGAUGACUUUAGGUGGAUUGCUGGACUUGGGCUAUACAGUGGUGGUUGGUUAUAAAAGGGCAUCUAUAUUCGUAAAUAAGGGCAAUGUUUCUGUGUCACUUGAAACAAUUGAUUCUCUUGGUGAGACAUUCAUGGUGCUUCGAAGCUCAAAUAGAAAAACAGUUGGAGAAGAAGUGUUGAGGAUGGGUAUCAGAGCAUCUUGGAUUACAAAGUCUUAUCUGGAGAUGAUUCUUGAAAGAAAAGGUGUACCACGAUUAAAUACACCUCCACUUCUACCAAAUACAUCUCUGGCUAGUAACCAAGAAAAGGUUAUCAUUGCUCCCAGGCCUAUCCGUGUUGCUUCAAAUCCUGUUUCUCGACUUGAGGAUCUUUCUCAGCCGUGGACCCGAUCUCCAACAAAAUCUCAAAUGGAACCAGUAGUUGCAACGUGGCAAUUUAUUAGCCCACCUCAGUCUGAUAGUUUAGCGACUGAUCCCGCCUCUUUCAGGGACUCUUUGAGGCUUGCUCCAAUGCCGGAUUCAUGUGACCUUGACAGAGGUUUGCUUUUAGCUGUUCAAGCGAUUCAGGCGUUAUUGGAGAACAAAGGUCUUCCUAUUAUUGUUGGAAUUGGUGGUCCAAGUGGAUCAGGGAAGACUAGUUUAGCUCAUAAAAUGGCUAAUAUUGUUGGAUGUGAAGUAAUUUCGCUUGAAAGUUAUUACAAAUCAGAGCAAGUGAAGGAUUUCAAGUAUGAUGAUUUCAGCACACUUGAUCUGUCGCUGCUAUCCAAGAAUAUCGAUGACAUGAGAAAUGGUCGUAGAACAAAAGUACCGCUUUUUGACUUGGAGACGGGUGCUCGAAGUGGUUUUAAGGAGCUUCAAGUUUCUGAAGACUGCGGAGUGAAGGGUAAAGUACCUUGUGUGCUAGGCUGGAUCAGUACUGUCACAGUAUUUUCUUUUGAAGCUGACAGUUUCUAUAGUUCACAAAUAAUUUUUGAAGGAGUAUAUGCUUUACAUCCGGACAUCAGAAAAUCACUCGACUUAUGGAUUGCUGUUGUUGGAGGUGUUCAUUCGCAUCUUAUUUCUCGAGUACAAAGAGAUAAAUGUAAAGCAGGGUGUUUCAUGUCACAAAAUGACAUAAUGAUGACAGUUUUUCCUAUGUUCCAGCAGCACAUUGAACCACAUCUUGUUCAUGCACAUCUCAAAAUACGGAAUGACUUUGAUCCUGUGCUUUCACCUGAGAGCUCAUUAUUUGUAUUGAAGAGUAACAAGCAGGUUGCUUAUCAAGAUAUACUCAAACUUCUUGAAUCGUCAAAGGUUUGCAGUUCUAUACAAAAUUUCAUUGAUAUAUAUUUGAGGCUUCCAGGAAUUCCUUCAAAUGGGCAGUUGACAGAGAGUGAUUGCAUACGUGUUAGAAUUUGUGAAGGCCGAUUUGCAUUGUUAAUACGGGAGCCUAUAAGAGAAGGGAAUUUCAUCAUUCAACCUAAGGUGGACUUUGACAUUAGUAUUAGUACAGUCGCUGGCCUUCUUAAUCUUGGGUAUCAAGCCAUGGCUUAUAUUGAAGCAUCUGCGUACAUCUACCAAGAUGGAAAGAUUCUAAUUGAGGUUGACCAUUUGCAAGAUGCUCCUUGUCCUUAUCUACAAAUAAAAGGGGUUGAUAAAGAGGCUGUUGCAGCAGCUGGUUCCAUGCUCGAACUGAAUGAGUCGUAUACUACAAAGAGCUAUCUUCAAAUAGUUUUGGAAAGUUUGCCAGUGAAUCGGAGUUCUGGCCUAAUCCAUAAUCAUCAAGCUGCGAGGCUGCAAGAACUUGUGGAAUUUAUUCAAUCUCAGGGAAGUAGUACAGCUUCAGAAUCCUCCCCUAGUAGGGAGGCAUCAUCUCCAUUGGAAGGAAUCAUUGAAGACAUGCAAUCUAGAAUCAGAAGACUUGAACGAUGGCUUGCAAUUAAUACGGUUUUGUGGACCUUUUUUGUUUCUGCCCUAGUUGGUUAUUCGCUCUACCGAACCAAGCGUCAGUGAUUGUGUUUUUUGCCGAGUGACUCGACUAGCUUACUUCCCCCCUUUUUAUGCACGGUUUGGCUGAAGUUAUCGACCUACAUAUACAGAAGUAACAAAAGAAAUUAGAUGAUAGAAGUUAUCGACCUAACCACAAUAGCAACUUGUGCAAGCUCAUUCUGAAGUGAACAUAAUUGAGUCUUGAUGCCCGAAGCUUCACAUUGAACUUUUGGAAGGUUUUAUUUAUCAUUUCAAGCGUAAAAUAUAUGCUAUCCAUUGAAGAUAGUGUAUAAUAUUCUCAUUUGUGAUAUAAAUGGAGCACCAUUGUGUUCAGCCAGUGCCACAUUUAAAAGCCAUCCCAUUUUUUCUUCCUCAUUAUAUAUGUGAUUUUUGUGUACUCUUGUUGGCUCAA